AUUAAUUCUUUAUUAUAUGUCAAUUAUUGGAGUAAUGGGUGGUAUUUGUUCAGGAAAAAUGUUAUUUUGUUAAUUGAUGAAAGAUAUGUAUGACUAUAAAAUAGUUUAAUUUGAUCAGGAAAUUGAUUUGAAUAAAACAGCUAUACAAAUAUACAAUAAUUGGAAUACACCAACAAUUAUAACAGCAAUAACUACAUAAGAAUAAAUACGUGUAUUAAAGAAAAGAAACUAUUUUCAUUUAAUAUUUUUGGAUGCUUCUACUUAUACAAGAUAUAGAAGAUACUGUAAAAAACAUGGAGAAAUUAAUUUUGAUGAUUUUGUAAAACUUGAUGAUAAAGUAUGAAAGUUUUCACUUAUCUCAGCAUAAAUAUGAUUUAAAUUUUUUAGAGUUGGCUAAGAAUUGUAAAGUUUAUCUAAAGAACAAUUCAAACACUAUCGAAGAAUUUAGUAAUUCUUUAAAACAAUAAAUGACCAAAAUAAUUAGACCAUUUAGACCAGAUUGGGAUGUUUAUUUUAUGAAAGUAAAUUUUGUAUUUUAUAUAGAUAGAUUGCUUAUACAGUUAAAUAGAGAAGUAAUUGUAUGAAAAAGAGUGUAGGAGCUGUGUUAGUAAAUAAUAAUAAAAGAAUUUUGAGUACAUCUUACAACGGAACUCCAAAAGUGAUGAAAAAUUGUAAUGAAGGAGGUUGUGAUGUUUGUAAAGAAUCCAAAACUUUAGACUUAAUUUUAUAUAAAUGUAUGUGUAUCCAUGCAGAAGAAGGGUGCAUUUUAGAAUUAGGAAUAACAUAAACUAGAAAUACUACUUUGUAUACUACUUUAUUCCCAUGUGUCUGGUGUUGUAAGGCCCUUUUAUAAGCUGUAUGAUAUUGAGAUUUAUAUUAAGGAAGUUUCUAGAAUUGUUUAUUGUGAAUAAGGAAAUUGGGACCUAUCUUUGUAGAUUAUAUAAAAUUUAAUAAAAUAUGAUCAAAUAGAUAUUGAACAAUAUAUUUAUUGA